UUCUGAAAUUCCUUGCCGCGUCGGGGUGUGUUUGUAUGAAAGCCCAGCCCCGCAGUCCGCCUACUCUUACUCCCCCGCCUGCCACCGUCUCUCUCUCUCGGUCCGCCUGCAGCAUUCGACAUCCCAGCGAGGAUUUUUCACUACAGAGAUGGCUGCGAAAGUGUGUAGAACAGUGCUCCUCUUGACCAGGAGCAGCGGCGCUGUGGUCACCGGGCUCCCAGCACUUGCUAUCUCAUCACAGCGGCACCACCAGCAUAUAAGAUCGGACCAGCCUGUCAGGAGAGCACAUGGCCUGCGGUCAGCCUCCCGCUCUGCACUGUUCACCCAGCCUCCCACCAGCCUCUCAACCGCCCUCUCAACCCAGGGAUGGAGGGGUGCCCCCUCAUGGCAGGGCCAGAGACUACUGAGUUCCUCCACCGCUCCAGAAGAGGUGACGGUGGUGUACCAGAAUGGACUGCCGGUGAUCUCGGUCAGUUUGCCGUCCCGGCGAGAGCGGUGCCAGUUCACUCUGAAGCCACUCAGUGACUGUGUUGGGGUGUUCCUCACACAGCUGCAGACAGAGGACAGGGGCAUCGACCGAGUGGCCAUCUACUCUACAGAUGGGGCGAGGGUAGCCUCUUCUACAGGGAUAGACAUCCUGCUGUUGGAUGACUUCAACCUGGUCAUCAACGAUGUUACGCACCUGGUUCGACCGCCACGGAGAGAUCUCCUAGCCAAUGACGAGGCAGAGCGUCUGAACGACGUUAAGUUCCUGGUUCAGCAGCUCUACACCACCAUGCGUAUAGAAGAGCAUCAGCUUAGUAAAGAGAAGGAACUGGUGGUCAGACUAGAGGACCUCAACUCACAGCUACGUCCUCUAGAGAAGGUGAGGGAGGAGCUGAGUCGUAAGGCUGAGCGUCGUACCACCUGGGUGCUGUGGGGGGGCAUGGCCUACAUGGCAACACAGUUUGGGAUCCUGGCGCGUCUCACCUGGUGGGAGUACUCCUGGGACAUCAUGGAGCCUGUCACCUACUUCAUUACCUACGCUACCGCCAUGGCUAUGUACUCCUACUACGUACUCACACGCCAGGAGUACAUCUACCCAGAUGCCAGGGACAGACAGUACCUGCUGUUCUUCCACAAGGGGGUGAAGAGACAACGCUUUGACAUCUACAAGUACAACGAGCUGAAGGACUCUAUCGCUGAGGUGGAGUUAGAUCUGAAACGCCUGAGGGACCCCCUCCAGCUCCAACUUCCUGUCCAGCAACUCACCGCCGCCAGCAAAGAUUGAUGGGAAGAGUGAUGUCCUCCUCUGCUUUCUUCAUCUCUCCCUCCACUCCUCCAUCCUUCCUUUCCUUACCCUCCUCCAUCCCUCCUUUCCUUACGCUCCUCCAUCCCUCCUUUCCUUGCCCUCCUCCCCUUACCCUCCAUCCCUCCUCCCCUUACCCUCCUCCAUCCCUCCUCCCCUUACCCUCCUCCAUCCCUCCUUUCCUUACCCUCCUCCGCUCCUCCUUCCCUCCUUUCCUUGCCCUCCUCCUCUUACCCUCCUCCCCUCCUCCAUCCCUCAUUUCCUUGCCCUCCUCCAUCCCUCCAUCCCUCCUUUCCUUACCCUCCUCCGCUCCUCCUUCCCUCCUUUCCUUUCCCUCCUCCCCUUACCCUCCUCCAUCCCUAAUUUCCUUGCCCUCCUCCCCUUACCCUCCUCCCCUCCUCCAUCCCUCCUUUCCUUACCCUCCUCCAUCCCUCCUUACCCCCCUCCUCUCUCUCCAUCCGUCCACCUUUACUCCUCUUUGUUAACAAACCCUUGCCUUUAGCGACCGACCGCGGGAGUUUUUUUGUUGUUUUUUUUACAUUUUCUCCUUUUUUAAUUUCUCUGACUUGAAUAACUCAAAUGAUAAAGUAAACCCAUCUGUAGAGGAGGUUUAGAAGAACAGAAACUUGAAUAACUCAAAUGAUAAAGUAAACCCAUCUGUAGAGGAGGUUUAGAAGAACAGAAACUGAAUCAAAUUGUGUCUGGGGGUGGAGAUUAUGAUGAAACUGGGUGCUAUGGAUAUGCAACAGGACUUCAGCACAGCCUGCAGGAAGUUCUAGGGGACGUACAGGAAGUGACACGCUGCAGUGUGAGGAGUUACAGCGGAGGUGUAGGGGACGGCGGCAGACAAAUGGACACGUCUAUAAGUGUGUGUGGUGAUAUCCCGGGACUUCAACCCCAAGCCACUUAUAGGUUGCUAUAUCUAUGUGUUAGCUAGGCCCACAGUGCAGCAUUCAAACACACACACACCACUCCUGUGGGGCCUCGGGACGUCUGUGUCCCAUGAAUAUCCUCUAGCUGGGAACCUCUUGCUCCACCCCCUUGACCUUUAACCUCAGCCCUCUGACCUCUGCAUGCACGGAGGACAUGGCUGUGAUUGGACAAGGGUUCCUGUGACCCUCUAGGUGAACGUUGACCUUGGCCGACCCCUCUUGUCUCGUCUGAUUGGCUGUGGCCAACCCUGCCCCGCCUGUAACCAGUUCCCGCCCUCUCUGCCUGACGGACAGCUACCCACGGAGCAUAUUGCUAUGAUGACAAGGACCUUUUAUCAGGCGCCUUUCAGAUUGUCACAGCCUUUACAGGAAGUGGAUAGACGGAGUUGAGGUCAGGUGACCACACCUCACUUCUUAUUCCUGUUGUUGACUUCCUAUCGACUUCCUGUUUCCUGUAACAUGCUGCGCCGGGAUUGGAGGAUAGUACUUCCGAUAACAACAUCACUGUGUGUUCCAGUAUUCCCAGGGGUUUUAUUUUAGAAGCUAUAUUUGUUAUGAGAAACAAUAUACUAAUAAUAUACAAUCAAUCCCAAUGAAGAUAGAGGAGGUUUAGAUCAUUCAGUGGGGGGAGGAGCUCUCUCUUUAACAUCCUAUCUCAGUAAUAUAGUAAUAUAGUAAUGUCUCAACCAUACAGGACCCCCGUAUCAAUAGGUUUUCCCCACUUCUUCUCUCACACACUGUUCUCAUUGUACUACCAGCAAUAUAACCCACCAAGGCUUCAUAGACAAACACCCAUCAUCCACAAACAAGAGUUCUGAGAUUGAUUUCUGGCCGAGAGAUUCCGCGUGCCACUCACAUAUCCUACAAUUCCUUCCAACUACACUAUAACUCAUAUCAGCCAAGAGAACAUUGUAGAACCCUCACUAACAGCUGUGAUGUACCCCUGUAGAACCCUCACUAACAGCUGCGAUGUACCUCUGUAGAACCCUCACUAACAGCUGUGAUGUACCCCUGUAGAACCCUCACUAACAGCUGUGAUGUACCCCCGUAGAACCCUCACUAACAGCUGUGAUGUACCCCCGUAGAACCCUCACUAACAGCUGUGAUGUACCCCUGUAGAACCCUCACUAACAGCUGUGAUGUACCCCUGUAGAACCCUCACUAACAGCUGUGAUGUACCCCUGUAGAACCCUCACUAACAGCUGUGAUGUACCCCUGUAGAACCCUCACUAACAGCUGUGAUGUACCCCUGUAGAACCCUCACCAACAGUUGUGAUGUACCCCCGUAGAACCCUCACUAACAGCUGUGGCCAGACUGUGUACCAUUUCUGAAUAUGCUCACCUCUUCACACCAACCUAAUUGUGAGGAUAUAAAAAAAGAGACAUACUAACUGUGUGUGUGUGUGUGUGUGUGUGUGUGUGUGUGUGUGUGUGUGUGUGUGUGUGUGUGUGUGUGUGUGUGUGUGUGUGUGUGUGUGUGUGUGUGUGAGACAGUCAGACACAGACAGGCAUGCUGUAGAUUGCAGGUUGUUCAACGAUAAGUCUUCUUCGUCUGUAUGUGAGGUUUUGUAGGACAUCAUUUAAGCCAAGGAACAUAUAGAGGAUCAUAAAACACACACACACACACACACACACACACACACACACAUAAUACUGAUUCAUUGUUGCUGCAAAAGUAAAGCCAUUUUCUUAACUUUUACAGGGAAUGUCUCAGAUCGGACGUGCUUUUUUUCCCCCAUUUGUGACAAUAACAAAUAAGUAUAAUUGAUUUGUUCUUAAAACAUUUUUUUUUAAUUGGUCUUGGCUUCAGACAGCAUUCAACACAACGCAUAUUUCAAUGACAUGAUAUCAAUGGUUCAAAUGUGAACCAAAACAUGUCCAAAUUAUGAAACAUUUUACUUCUGGGUUUUGUAAAAGGUCUCUCCUGUCACCCUCCAUAUGACCUAUGACCUAUGACCGACUUAAUCAUUCGAUCGCCUCAAUCAAUCAAUCAAUAACCUGUCAUUAAAAACCCGGAGCUGCAAAUACGGCUAAAGAAGUAUAAACUGUAUGUGCUUGAGGUUCAUUCACGCAAACAAGGCUGUUCCGUCCAAAGUUCUCUCCUCCCACUGCUCCUAGUAGCUGUUCCAAGUAACUGCCCCCCUCCCCCUGGCAGACAGAGAACGCGGAUGCUACAGGAUGGUAGAAUCAGUGGAAUA